AGACUGUCUGGGUUACCGGCUCGCAAGUUGAGGUUUUAUGGUCUGACAAAGAUUUUGGAGGCGUGAAAAUUGCCAACAUAUAUCUUCUUGAAGAUCAUGGCAACGAUGAUUUAAAGCGAGCUUUGACUAUCGGGGAAAAUGUAAAUUUAUCCAAAGGUAGUUACACGUUUAAAUUGCCGCGGAGUUUCAAGGCCGGAAAUUAUGCAGUGACUAUCACCGAUGACAAAAAGUUCUUCAAAUAUUCUCACCCAUUCAAAAUCACACACGGAUAA